AUGUCUCAUCGCCAGCUUAUUACGUCCAGCCCAAGUCUCCUGGAGACUGCUGUGAUUCUCGCGAAAUCGUGGCCCGCACACCCAUUAUCUCGACGCAUCCUGAGCGCACUCUACGAAGCUCGCGUAUCUGGUCCCAUUACCACCUCUCCUAUGUUUUUUGUCGGCUCCGGGCUUGUGGUUGCGGGCGGAUUAGGUCGCGUGGCGUGCUAUCGCGCCCUUGGACGUAAUUUUACGUUCCAGCUUGCUAUCUUGAAGGACCACUCGCUUGUAACCUGCGGGCCGGAUUACAAUGUGCAACGCGAGCCGGGGCUCAUGGACGAGAGAAUCUAG